CCUUCAUGUCAAUAUCAAUCAACAAGUGCAGUUGGCUACAUAUAUAAACUCUUCUUCAUUUUACACAAAUUCAUCUACCAGGAACAUCGGGGAAUCACCGGGAUUUGUAUUAAGAUACACUAUAUUGGCCUACAGUUAUGAAGCUAUUGAUCUCGGCUGUUGUAGUCACCGUUCUGUAUGUUCAAGUUGCUGAAUGCGUCAUUUUCAGUUGGCUUUGGAGUGUUGACCCACUUGAGCAAAGUUCCUUGUCAAAUCACACUAAAGGGAACCCAGCAAUCAAACAGGUAAAUACAAAAAUAAUUUUAUUGAUAUGACAUAUUUUGUCUGUAUAUUUUAUUCAGACUAACGUAUUGAAUGAAAAACUGAUAUACUGUAUAAUUAUUAUGAACAACAGUUUAUGCUAACUAUGUCUAUAAUCUGUGCAUGCAAUUUCAAUUUAUAGUAUAUUAUCAUUUUUAAUAUAAUGUAACAUUUCGGUAUCUUAGAAUAUAUAUAUUAAAGCAAGUUGUCGUUUAAUUAAACUAAAUAAUUGUAAUUAUAAUUAGGAUAGGAUCAGGAUAAAAUCAAUAUAAAUUGGUAAAAUCGUGCAUGUAUAUAUAUAUUCAUUCAUAUUACUUUCUAUUUUAAAUAAUAUUAAUAUAGUUAUGUUGAUACAUACUAUCAAUUAUCUUGUUUUAAUUUCCCAAAACUGUAUAAAAUAUUCUCUAGUAUUUUUCAUUAAACUCCCGUUUCCCUUCCAAAGUAUCAAUCAAUCGCUGGUUGUGGCCAAUACGUUCCGUUCCGUUCCGCGGACCUUUAGUUAUUGAUGGAAAAGUCAGAUUUAAAUCUGAAUAUUAGAAGCGCGGUUUUCUCGGUGUUAUUAUGUUUGUGGCCGCUCACGAGAUACGUGUCGCUUUACAGAGUUGGCGUUUGGUAUACCACAAAGGGUCACGUGACGGUAAAACCAAAAUUGUAAUAGUCAAUAAUUCUCUGAAAUAUGUCCCUGUUGAUAUUUUAACGAACGUCAAGUAUUGAGAAAUUGUGAAACAAUAAUUACAGCAGGAAUGAACAGCAGUAAUAAGAAAUGUUUCGGCAAUUGGUCUCUACGCAACGAUAUUUUUAUUCGCGGAGAAGUGGGCAGGUGGAUGGGGGAAGGUAACGUUGGCACAGAAUCACGUAGUUUUUUGAACAGCCACGUCACAAUUCAUUCGUGUUACUUCAAUAUCGAAAAUUGUGAUUAAGUUGAUUUUGAAAACAUUAAAUGACUUAAUAUACAUUUUUGUAGGCAUAUUGUAUGAAAGAUCGUGAUUGUGAAACAGCGAAUUAUUGCCAUCGUCACUACGGCACCUGUCACAAGUGCAAAAAAAUUGAAGCGAAAUGCAGACGAGACCAUGUUUGCUGUAAAGGAUUCGAGUGCGUCUUUGGCAGUUGUAGAAAGAUUGUUAAACGAGGCAACUACUUAUCAAAAUGUAAGAAAGAUAAACAUUGCAAGAAGGGACUAUGUUGUGCCAAGAGCCAUGGAGAGUUUGUGUGCAAGCCAAUGUUGCGGGAAGAUCAAAUUUGUUCUGUCCUGGAAGGAGGAGUGGCCUACUCUGUAAAUCACGGUUGUCCAUGUGACGAGGGUUUGGCAUGCAAGCGAUGGAGGUCUCGAAAAAAUAGGUAAUUUUGAUGAGCUUUUUUUUUCGUUGUAAUAGCUCUUAAUAAAACUCCUAUAUCAUUUUACACUUCAAAUUUGUCCAAGCACAUAAUGUACAUUGUAUAUUCCGUGAGGCAACCUAAAAAGAAACUAUAUCUCUUAUUGCUUAUGUAAGGGCUUCUUGGAAGUCUCCAUAUCAUCAUAGCACAAGUACAGUAAUGCAUUAGAUGAAUCAGUCUAAAAAGUGCUGUAAGUACAUUCCUUAUAUAAGAAGGUACAUGUAAGGGCUUCUUGGAAGCUUGCAUAUCACAAUAGCUUUUUCUAAAAUUGUUCCUAUUACAUUUGAUAUUUUAAAGUUCUAUGUAAUGGCACUUAAUAAGUGCAUUCCAUGCACUAAAUCUGAAAGAUAAGGACCGUGAGAUACAGUCGAUUGCCGAUUUGCCGUAUGUAAGACAUUCUUGGAAGUUAAAAUUAACAUAUGUAAUUCAUUACAUUGCAUUUCUCAGCCAUUUCGAUGGGCUAACAGACUACCUAUAUAGCUAUAGCAUGUGACUGUCGACAAGAACACAUAAAUAUGAGACAUUUUUCACUCAUAAUAAAUUAUAAUUACUUAAAAUACUCAUAAAUAAUUUAUAAACCUUGUUGCAAAUCAUGUCAGCUAUAACAUGUCACGCGGAGCGACUUUAUAUCUGAUAAACACAUGUAGCAUUAUAUAUUGUUCAUCCUAAUUAGCAUGAUUAUAUAAUGGUUCAUCCUAAUUAGUGUUCUUUUGUAGUCGUAUUUUAAUUAAGCUAUUCAAAGCACUCGUUCAGAGGCGUAGGCAGGAUUUUCGGUCAGAGGGGGCCGGCAAAAACCCAGGUGGGGCCAAGCCGCCAGUGACUCGAGACGCAAAGUUCGCUCAAGAAAAGUUUUUGCGGACCACACAACAUUUUAAAUCUCCCCCCCCCCGUCGAUUCCGUGUCACUCUUUGCGAUUCUUCCGAAGCUUCACCGCGAAGAUUCCGACAACAGUAGAGAGUUUGAGCAAGAAAGCGAAGUCGGACGACGACAAUGUGGACCGUGGUUGACAAUUUUUGCCUGUCUUGCACAUUAUCUUAUGCAUUCUGAGUUUAGAGUCAGGCGUGAAGACAGAUUCGAGAUUUAUAUCUAGCUGUUUAUGAAUGCAGGCCCAAAUCCUUACCCUGAUCAGUACAAAACAGCGAGACAUGAAUCCAUAUCUCGUCUUCGUUCUUCUGCCUUGAAGUUUGUUCCAUUCUCGUACCCAGAGCACUUCUUAUGCGCGGUGCAACGAGGGGCUCUGGCCAAAUCCAUAUUCCGAACUUGCAUCUGAUUGGCUAGUUCUAACACCAGAUAUUGUUUUCUUACCAUAUGGUAUCCGGUUAUGGAUUUGGUCAGAGCCCCUCAUCGCACCGCGCGUAAGAAGGGCUCUGGGUACGAGAAUGCCUUCGUUCACAACGAAAAAUUCGCAAAUAUUUUGGCAAAAUUCGCUGUGAACUUCGUUCCGAACGAAGGCAGAAGGACAAAGACGGGAUAUAGUUUCAUGUCUCGCUGUUUUUUUCUGGGUCGGGGCAAGAAUUAGGGUCAGUAUGCACAAACAGCGACACAUGGGAAGACACGAUGAGCAAUCACCAGUGACGUCCAACUCAGUAUGCGCAAAAUAAUGUACAUGUCUACGGCAAAAAUUGACAAGCAUACGCCUUCGUCUUCGUACUUCGUUGUCUUGCUCAAACUCUCCAUUGACAAUUUUCCGACAGGUCUCAAUUUUCCGACGGGUCUCCCACCCCCCGUCCCCUCCGGCCACGGCGCCACUGCCGAGUCUGCAUUAAAAAUUCACUUGUAAAAGAAAACAGAUUGGUUUAAACUUCAUCUAACCCUCAUUUAAUACAUAUUGAAAUAAUUAUAGGGUUAGAAAAGGUAUGUGCUUCAAGCUGUGUGCCGCAAAUAAGCGAACAAGUGAUUUCAGGUUUCACACCGAUGCCCAGCAAAGCAUAUAUUCUACAGAAUUUUUGCAUUAUUGACAGCAUGAAGCUAUAUAAUCAAGAAUUCCUUUUUUUAUGCAAUACUUUUUAUAAGGGGGCCCCCAAAGUUUUGCCAGGGGGGGGGGGCAAAAUUUUGCCAGGGGGGCGGGGCUGGGCCCCCCGGCCCCAGCCCUGGCUACGCCUCUGCACUCGUUGUCGUGCUUUAUCAGAUAUAGAACGCUCGGCUGCGUCUCGCGUUUUAUAUCUGAUAAAAUACUCCUACUCGUGUUUUAAAUAGUACAAAGUUGCCACAAAAUAAGCUUAUGAGCAGGGGUGUAGGAAGCAUCAAACGAUUGGAGAGGACACCGGCUUCCAGGGGCACUUUUGGAUAUUGAAAAGGACACCUAAAAAUUUUUCCCCGGAAAUGUUGGCGGCGGGAGUGGGGGGAUGGGGAAGAAAAAUUUCUCCGUCAACCAUACCCAAGUUACACGUUUUUGACCAAUUACAUGUUUUUGACCAGUUACUUGUUUUUUCCAUAGAUCGAAAGGGAAGGGUGCUAAGAGAGGUAAAACGAAGGUAAAACGUUGUCAGAGAAUUUAAAUGUGACAUCACAUGGUCAUCUAAACAAAGACAAAUGCCAUUGGUUCGACCUACAUCGACGCUUAAUAUCCAAAUGUGCCAGCUCAAGUUGGAAUUCAUGUAGCAUAUACCACACACAACAAUUUAAGCUUCAUUAUUAAUUAUUGAUAAGCCUGUUAAUUAAUUAAACAUAUAAACGUACCAAUAAAUCAUUGAAUACUGUAUAGCUCAUAUAUCAACUUAUAUAUCACUUAAAACACCUGCCAUUGCAAGCAAGCGAGUGCCUUAAAAUGCAUGGGCUCCUGUCUUAUUUUCCUGGUUGCUUCGUUAUCGGAGUCACAAAGUGGGAUUUCAGGAGACAUGGGCCACAUGCAGUGCAUCGCGGAAUAAUUGGAAGCUUUCGACACUCGUUUUAUUCUUUGUGGAUAGAUUUUAAAGUGAAUAUGAAUUGAAAUUCCUUAUUUUCUUACAUGAAGCUGUAGCGUCACUUAUUUGUCAGUUUCCUGUUUUAAUGGUUUGUUCUCGAGAUAUUUCAAUUUGUUUGAUACGUAAAUGAGUGGGAAUAUGUCCGCUAAUUUAUGACGUCAUGUUGGUUGCAAGUUCUUCGAAAUGGUUGAAUAUCACUGCUAUCAUCCAAGAUGAUUAUUUUAAACUUCACUCACUGGUAAAUGUGAUGAAACACUGGAGAAAAACGAGAACUGAUGUCAACAGAUUUUAGAGUUAAUACAUUUAUAACCAGUGUAAGUUGAGCUUGCAACCAAGAUGACGUCAUAAAUUAGCGGACAUGUUCACACUCAUUUACAUAUCAAACAAAUUGAAAUCUCUCGGGAACAAACAAUAAAAACAAUAAACUGAAAAAUAAGUUAUACUACAACUUAAACAGUUCUUUCAUUUACGAAAAUAAUAAAUUUCAUGUCAUAUCCACUUUAAGUAACUUAUAGAUAAUGUUGGUCAAGCUUAUAGAGGAAUACGUGUGAUAACUGUGAUUCAUGUCAAAGAUAAAAACAUUUUUAUGAAUAAUGUGCAUUAAUAAAAUGCAUCGAUUUUUGGACAAAAUGGAAUUUGUUGUUAACAUUGUAAAAUCAAGAAACUGGUGUACGUGAUACAGAUUUGUGCAUUUCACAUGUACAUUUCACUGAGUUGUUGUUGUGAUGUGACAAAAAGAGUUCAGUUGCGAAAAUAUGAAUAUUUACAAACUUACUGUGAUAUUAUUCUUUCGUAGUUAGUAAUUGCGUAAGAAUGCGCUUAUAUUUUAUGCC